AAUUUAGGAUGGAGAAGAUAAUUCAUUUUAUUAAUUUAUUUAAUAAAUGGAUGAUAAAGAACGGCCACCGGGAGCCGCCGGGGAGCGGCCGCAGCUUCUAGUGAUCCGACCGCCGCAAGUGUUCCAAGUAUACGAGGAAGAAUUCAUGGCCAAAUUCGAGGUUCUCAAAGCCUACGAGUCCACUCUCCCGACGGAGACUUUCUUGCGGAAAUACGGUCGCUCCACAAGGGCUGUUUUCUGCUUCGGACAGAGCCCAAUUACAGCCGAGCUCCUGCAGCACCUCCCGUCGCUGGGGCUUGUCGUCGCCGCCGGAACCGGAGUCAACCAUGUCGACCUCGCAGCCUGCCGGCGUAGGGGGAUUGCGGUGACGAACACCGCCGAUGUCUUCUCCGAGGACACGGCGGAUUACGCUGUCGGGAUGUUGAUUGAUCUGAUGAGGAAGAUCAGCAGUAGAGAUUCCUCCGUCCGCCGCCGGAUCUGGCCGCUCGCCGGAGAAUUUCCCGUCGGCUUCACCUUCACGCUAAGAAACAAAAGGAUUGGAAUUGUGGGAUGGGGCAACAUCGGAUCAAAAGUAGCAAGAAGGCUGGAGCCAUUCGGGUGUACAAUCUGCUACAAUUCGAGGACCAGGAAGCCCUCGGUGCCUCACAGUUUCUACGCGACAGCCUGCGAGCUCGCAACACAUUCCGACAUCCUCGUCAUCUGCUGCUCCCUAACAGAGAAGACGCGGCAUUUGAUAAACGACGACGUGAUGGCCGCCAUGGGAGAGAAAGGGUUCCUAGUGAACAUCGCGAGGGGUCAGGUCGUUGACGAGAAAGCACUGGUCAAACGCCUGGUGGAGGGCACGAUUGCCGGCGCCGCCUUGGAUGUGUUCGAGAAUGAGCCAACCGUCCCGCCGGAACUGUUUGGUCUGGAUAACGUGGUCCUGUCGCCGCAUCGGGGAGCCUUCACCGGAGAAGCUUUCGCAGAUGCUUUUGGAAUGGUGAUGGCUAAUUUGGAGGCCUUCUUCUCCGACAAGCCCUUGAUUUCUCCUGUAACCAUUGAUCAUCUGUCCUAACUAGCUUCCAUAAUGUCUCCAUUUUGGGCUUUGUAAUGGCCGAAUAAUAAACUGGGACAAAUUUGGGGAAAAGAGAAACAAAUUUGUCUCAUUAUAAAUAA